UUCAGACUGUGAAUUGUGAUUUUCCGAAAAUGAGGUUCUACAUCGCUUUAAGUUUUGUUUUUCUUCUUGUUGGAACACUUUGUGUUGUCCUAGCAGCACCAGGUUCGCUGGUCUCGAAUGGUGUUGUACAUGUUGCUUCUGGUGUAGCUCCAGUAGCCGCUGAGCAGGAGCUAUACUUCCCACCAUACUCCAUAGAUCCACCAAGAAUCGUUAACGGAUUUCCAAGUGAGGCAAGUGACUCGUCCGCAAGCAGCGAUUCGUCCGCAAGCAGCGAUUCGUCCGAAACCAGUGACUCGUCAGUCAGUAGCAGUGAAUCCAUAUCCUCCGAAGAGGAUGAUGAUGAGUCCUUACGCCCUGAAGGACGCACCUUCUUCUUAAUCUUCCGCUUGCUGCAAUUGCUUUCUCAACAGAACUCUACCUCUUCGGGUUAAACUGACGCGCUUAAAAUGCACAAGUAUGUUCGGCCUGUAUAAUAAAUAAUUUUCUUCAAUUCAACAUUCUGUUUGGUUUUUAACUUCUGUAAAAAUGUUAAAAGUUUUAGUGCAAUAAAUAAAGUAGAAAUUUUGAUUUGUAUAAUAAACUCAAA